UGGUUUCCCAUUCUGCUGUCUACACCACAGGGAGAGAGACCCAAAGUUCAGAUAAGAUCAGAGAAUACCAACUAGCUGCAGAGUCAAAAUGAAGCUUAUUUGCAUGUUCUUCCUGGGGAGCAUGUGCACCAUUAAUGCGGCCACAGACCCACCGGUACUUCACAAACCGGAACCAAUGGAAGCAAAGUCAAGCUUUGCGAUGCUGGACGAUGUGCGAUUGCUGGCUAACGGCCUCCUCCAAUUAGGGCAGAGCCUGCGAGAGUUCGUGCACAAGACCAGGAGGCAAAUCAAUGAUAUCUUACAGAAGCUGAACAUCUUUGACCGCUCGUUCUACCAGCUGUCUGUUGUGACCAGCGAAAUUAAAGAGGAGGAAGAGGAACUCAAAAAAACGACUUUGAUCCUCAAGACCAACAACGAGGAAAUCCGGAAUAUGUCGCAGGAGAUCAACUCCAAAGUCGAUACUAUUUUGCAGGAACGAGGCCAGCUUCAAAGCCAUGUUGGAAAUCUGGAAGAGAAGCUGCAAGGCCUUAGCCAAAGUGUAGUGCCCUUAGAACAGAUCCAGGAGAUCGCUACUCUGAAGGAUGUGAUCGACACUCAAGAGAAGACCAUAAAAGACCUACUAAAGUCUGUAAGAGAGCAGCAUGACCAGCUCAACUCGCAGAAAAACAAAAUUAAAAGCCUAGAGGAGAAGAUCAAUUACGAUUUUCAAGACACUGCUGAGAAAUUUGCAGAUUCAACCAGAGACGCUCCAAACCUUCUCAAAUACCUGACAAUUAACUCAACCAGUGGCACAGACGAUCUUCCCACCGACUGCAGUGAAGUGUUUAACAGAGGCCAGAGGAAGAGCGGCGUUUACCCAAUUAAACCCAAUACAUCAGAGCCAUUCGAUGUGUACUGUGAGAUCAGUUCAGAAAGAGCAGCCACGGUUAUUCAACGGCGUAUGAAUGGUACAGUGGACUUUGACCAGACCUGGGACAAAUAUGAGAUUGGAUUCGGAAAUCUGGAAAAUGAAUUUUGGCUUGGUUUGGCAAAGAUCUACUCCAUUGCCCGACAGGGGGUCUACAUUCUCAGCAUUGAGCUGGAGGACUGGAAGGAUGAGAGAAGAUUAAUUGAGUACAUGUUUACUCUGGAAGGUCCUGCAUCUCAUUACACCAUCCAUCUGACUUAUCUGUUUGGAAACCUGCCCGAUGCUUUAAGCAACCACACUGGCAUGAUGUUUUCGACUAAAGAUAAGGACAACGACAAUCUCGAUGAGUCCAGCUGUGCUCGCAACUACUCAGGUGGUUGGUGGUUUAAUGGAUGUGGUGGCACCAACCUAAACGGGCGCUUCACCUGGAUGCGGUCCAGGAAUCGUAAUCCACGGAGGAAAGGGAUCUAUUGGAGACCUUCCAAUGGAAGCUCUUACACCCUCAAAUUCACAAAGAUCUCCAUUAGGCCUUCAUCACAGUUCCAGUAAGCCUGACUGAUCAGGCAACUCUCAGCCAAUCAGUGAUGGCUCUGGCUCACACAAACUUCCCCUUUCUUCUAUACUUAGUCCAAAGGUGAUGACUUGACUUUAUAGCAUGAUGCAACAGUUCAUCAACCUGACCUUAACCUUUAAAUGUACAGAUGUUGCAUGUGAACACUUGCUACAGCAUUUUACUUUCUGAACUAUUUAAAAAAUUGCUAGUGACAUUUUAUGCUGAAUUGAAACUAGAUCCUUAUAUACCAAAGCAUCCACAGAAAAUUAGUCUCACAAUCGCAUCCAUGUCACAGUUUUCACUUUCUUGUUUUUAUACUGCAUUAUAACUUAACACCAUAUUUAAGCCAAGUUUAUGUUUUGUGCUAGUCAAGAAACAUGGUUCUCUUUUAUGUUACUGUAUGAGUCAUAUUGACUCCAGGUUACACAAUUUACACAACUGUACAGUAAAUGUUUGUUUACAGAAUGUCCCAAAAAGAAAUCAUGAUUUUUAUAAACGAAAUAAAUGAAUCCACCAAACGACA